GGACCACAUCUGUAACUUUUGAUCCACUGAAUCCAAACUUCUUCCGCUCUGUAUAUUUCCUGUCACUUCGGAGGCGGACGGACCGCGGAGCCGCGCCUUUACUAUCAAUGAAAGCCGUCAUUCUGGCCGCGGGCUACGGCACCCGGCUGCAGCGGGACGUGCUGGCCGACAGCAGCGGGAGCUUCGCUCACCUGGCGGGCGUCGCGAAGCCGCUGCUGCCGGUGGGCCACCGCGAGCUGGCGUCGCACUGGGUCCGCGCGCUGAGCGCGUCCGCCGGCGUGGACGCCAUCUACGUAGUGACCAACGAUCUGUACCACGCUGCGUUUGAAGACUGGGCAGCAAAAUUCUCCAACGUCAAGAUCCUCAAUGAUCAGACAAGACACAACGAUGAGCGUCUGGGCGCCGUAGCCUGCCUGCAGCUGGCAGUCAAACACUUCCACAUCCAGGACCAUGUGAUGGUGAUUGGAGGCGACACUCUUUUCAAAGAAGAUUUCAGCCUCAGUGAAGUUAAAGAACACUUUUCUCGCGUGCAGGAGAAGAGCGAGGACAGCUGCCUGGUGCUGUCGUACGAGUGCCGAGACGAGGAAACACAGAAAUAUGGAAUCCUGGAGGUGGACGGUGACCUCCGUGUCCUCUGUAUGAAGGAGAAGCCUCGUCCCUCUGAGACCUCGUCCAGGAGAGCCUGCCCUUGUUUCUACGUGCUUUCAAAGAAAAGUCUUCCGCUGUUGGACACAUUCCUCAGCGAAAAACAGGACGCUGCGAUAGAAGAGAAGGAUGCUCCAGGAAACUUUUUGUCUUGGCUCAUCCCGAGAAAACCAGUUUAUGUUCAUCCCAUCUCCGGCCGCUUCGACGUUGGAAACCUUCCUUCGUAUAUAGAGUGCGAUCGUUACUUCAGAGAAAAACUCCAGAACGAAGAGACGUACAUGGUGUGAACUCACAGAAACAUGUUUAUUAGAAAAUCAAGACUUCA